GCUUUCCUUGCUGGAAGUCUUGGCACAGAGACAGUGGCUUCCUCUUUUGCGCCAUUCAGCCCACGCGCAUCGUGACCUGCUUGCCACAGGCGCCCGUCUCUCAUAUUUCGACAGGCCAAUUCUCUUUCCCCAUCUUUUAGCCGAGUUCGACAAACAUGGCAUCCACAGAAGAUAUUCCGGAUGCUACUCUGGAUGCUAUAUUCUCUUGCGCCGUUUGCGGGGACAGGUUCAGUGAUGUCUACAAGGGCCACACACAAGACGUCGGUGGUCUCUCUGAUGGCAUAAACAGAAGAGACCGGUUGGUGACACGGCUCUAUGUGGGCGCCUGCUGCCACGUCAUUUGCAUCAAGCACAUAGGGGAUGGCGCUGGUCCCGCAUUUCACGCCGCUGGGAAACGCCCAAGUGCGCCAUGCCCCGUGUGUAUCGGCGAGGGCCACAGCGAUCAGCCUCGUGAGCUCUUCUCGGUCCGUGGGUUCGAGGCCGGUGAAUAUGAUCCGGCCAUCCCCAAAGAUUGGUUUUCGACUCCGCCAUCCAUGCUGCUGAAUGCUAAAGAUAGAGACGGCGAGACGGUUCGGUUUCACUACCUCGCUCUCCGACGUUACAUUAAGCAUGCAGAUGUGCUCUUGAAACGCACGCAAGAGGAUCUAGCCCAUACGCAAACCAAACUGCUCUUGGUGACGGCAGCGCCCGACCACGAGAGAAUUGAUCGCUACCAGAAGGAGAUUGAGCGGCUUCGACCGUUCGAAGAGGAAGCGCGUAGACUCAGAUCGGAACGAUCUCUGAUGAAAGAACGACUGGCCAGUGCCGGCAUCCCAAUGCCGUUGCAAGCCCUCCCAUCAUUACCCGAAGAUAUGGUUGUGGAUGAGCGCGGAUGUUUCGUUCACCCCGAAAUGACCCCAACUAUUUCGGAAUCAUCUGCUGUGGAUUUAGGACUCAGUCUCCAACCGCAUCCACGCCCACUGAAACGAGUGCGCCCUCGAUCACCUAGCCAUGACCAGCAGGCUGCGCCAUCGAGCGCUGACAUGAUGCCUCCACCACCGAAGCCGCCGGGGAGGAUUAUGUCAAUGCGCAAAUCCAUUCCUCAGAAACUACGCGAGAAAUUCUUGUCCAAGCCUGUUCCACCGCGUAACGACUUCUACUUGUUGAACGAAUCACCCGUGGCCCCAGGUGGCGGCACUCUAUAUUCAACUACCUCGCGUACGUUUGACGCCCGGAACUCCGAUGCAGAUAUGUUUAGAGGUGUGCAUGACCCUCGCGAGCCGCAGAGCGAUCGUCAACGUUCAAUUCAUUCACGAGCAUCCCAAUAUGACCAGGAACGUCUUGAAACAACUGAGACUCGCAAUCCUGGGCCGCACCAUCUUGCAGAGCAUCGGCAGUUCAGCGGUAUUCCUUCGCGCACAUAUCGCACUCUUCCAGACCCUCUUCGAUCGCAUGCAACUGGAUACCCCACCAAUGAGUUCAGUCACUCUGAUAAGUCUGACCCAAUAACUCCUCCAGCUGUUCUGUUCAAAAGACCUGCUGAGCGCGAGCCAGACAGAAUACUGCGAACAUUCCGCCACAUUUCAAUCGCUAAGGGACCCAUCUAACAAU